AUGGCCGCCCUCUCCUGUUACCAGCCCUGCAGGUCGCAUCUUGCGCAGCCGGCUAGGUGUUUAGACGACUACGAAGAGCAAACGGCGACCCUCUCGCUUCGUCGAAGGCAGUUUAUAGAGAGAUGUCACGACGCGCGGUCGGGACGGCACAGGGACUUCAUACCUGAGGUUUCAGUGAAGAGAACGAGGGAUGAGCUGGCCAAGUAUGCGGCACAGGCAGCGCCGGCGAGGCGACUGAAUGUCGAGUCCGGGUGGUCCAAGGUCGAAGAAGUCAGGAAGAAGUUCGAAGGUGCAGCGGCGGCGGCUUCCUAUUCGAGGUCGUUCGAGUCCCCUCCUAGACGUCGGCUAGCCGACUCCCUCUUCGCGAGUUUCAAGCUACCGCGCAAGAAAGAGAUGGCGGCGCCUCGCUCCCUCGCCCUUCAGCCGCAGCAGAAACGCAAGUCCGCGGUGGAGCUGCUCGCCGAGUCGAAGGCCUUCUACGUCAAGUCGGAGACCGUGCUGGAUCGGAAACAGGAAUUGCCCUUGAGGGUGAGCAGCGGUUUGAGCCAGGCGAUAGCGGCCGGAGGCUGUCACCUGGUCAGUUCCGGGACACUCGACAACGACGCCUACUGCAACCCAUAUGCUACCACCAGGAUCAGCAGCAGACGCGCGGUGAGCGCGGGGGAAGGGCUUCAGAAUACUCUGAGGAGACUCCUCGAACACGCCGAUAGUCGGGAAAAUGUCUACUCCCCUCCUUAUGCCUGCCAAAAACCCUUCACGGAAAUACGUCGCGUCAAAGAGCCGUACGCGGAGAGGGAGUUGUCUCGCUCCCAGCACACUUCGGGCACCUUCUCCGGGACCUCCUCGUCCGGCACGUCCGCCUCCAAGGACAAGAGGCCGCUCAGUUUCGGAGACGCCAGGGUCUUCUUUCCGGAGUCGUUCGUUAUCCCGAGACAGAGGGCCAGCGAAGUCGUCAUCAAGAACGCUUAUUCGAUACCGAGUCCUCAGUCGAGUCCGCACGAGCCGAGGCGAGAGACGUCCCCUCACGGGGAGCAACUGGACACCAUCAGCCCUCCCGCGGAGUACGCUCAUUCGGCACCCAGGUAUAUCAGAUCGAAUUCCCACUCUCACCCGAGUGUCCGCGAAGAGGACGGCAACACCAACAUCAACAGUCAUAAAUCGCUGCCGGACCUUCACGCUCAGACGCACGGUUACCCCGAACACGUGAGCGUGGUGGUGGGGACGGAGUCGAUCGGACGGUCCCCGAGGAGACGCCGGCAUUCGGCUCACCACAGAACCGCCUCGUGCUCUUCCAAAGGCACCAGGUCCAACCAUUCGUCGCUGAUGUCUUCGUGCGAUGCGUUCUCGGAGCAUCCGUCUCCGGGCGAAGAAAACUACCAGUCGUACAAUAGUCGCUGCGGUUCGUCGUUCGCGCGCGACUCGGGGGGUUCCAGCGGCCACUACACCCAGCGCAGUGCGCCCCCUCUGGCCCGAGACAACUCCGCGCCCUACGAGUCGCUCGACCCUCGCAGACGCUACGCGUGUCCUCGGGCCCGCGAGUCGUCCCUGGAGCAGUGCUUCGUGUCGGCCCCUCCUCAGUUCCAGGACGGGGCUCCGUCCCCGCCCCCCGGGCCGCUCUACUCCUCGCACCCCAGGGUGGGGAUACACUUCCAGGCGAGUGCGCCCCCUCCGCAGUUCCAGGACGAGCCCUUCUCCUACGACUGCUCGUACAAAGCGCCCCUCAAGUGCCUCUCGGUCGGCAGAAAAGACUUCGUCGCGAGGGAAUAUCCGAGGUACCAGGAGGCUCCCGCGGAGGUGGUCAGCAAACAGCCUCAGUACCAAGAAGAGAUGUACCGGAUGAGACCGAGAAUUGACGACACCCAGGAAUAUGUCAACGCUCCACCGCAGAUCUGUCAAGCGGAGGAGGUGACGUCCCCUCUGGGGACUUUCAAACGACAGAGAUGUCUCCGGUACAAGCAGAGACGACCUCGGCCCAUUCUGAGGUCGAAAUCGGACAUAUCCGACAGAUACCGUCGCUCCGACGGACGGAGCCCCGCGUCGGCCCCGUGCGAGGUCGAAGACUCCCCGGACAGUCCGUCGGAGGAGUCCCGGCUGCAGGUGUUCUUCGACCGUCUGGGGCUGGAGUCCCGGACGUACGACGCGGUCAUUCGAGACGAGGACCCGGACAGCCCGGUCUUCUUCUCGUCGGCCUCCACGGUCGACUCCAAUCAACUCGCCACCACCGACUACACGGUGCAAGGGCCUGCGGGCGCGCAGAAGCCCAUCUACCGAAACACGGAACCGCCGAGCGUCGUCGAGAGGAACGCCAGAAUCAUCAAAUGGCUCUGCCAGUGUCGGAAGGUUCAGAUGCAGCCUCCUCAAUAA